AUGCUGCUAUAUGUUAUGAUGUUAUCAUUCUAUAUUAUAGUAGGUGUCGUUGUACGUACGUACUUUGGGAGCUAUUUCUAUCAGCCUCAUGAAUUUAUAUUGGCACUGAGCUGCUGCUGCCAUUUAAGUGCACCGCCGCCGCACAGCGACCGUAGCAGCAAAAAAAAAAGAAUAGAGAGCAUAAACACCAGUGCACCGCACCACAACCACCACUACUACUGGCACCAUCAAAACCCCCCCUCCCCAACUGCAAGUAGUAGGAAAAAACAAAGAUUGGGAUGGGUGGGGAGGGGAAGCCAUAGGUAA